AUGACUGGCAAUAAUCCUUUCGAAGAAAACAACCCGUGGGGUACCUCAUCUAAUGCAGGACCUACAGGCCCACGCUUUGGCAAUGCUUAUGAGGACGAUAACAAUGCUUGGAAUGGGGGUCCAGUCAAUCACAUGCCGUCUCCUUCCGAUUACCGGUCGAAUGCUAGCACCAACAAUGCGUGGAGUGAGUCGACCAAGAUCGAGUACACAGCGAGUGAAGGCAAUCCAUCGCCUAUUGCGACACCAGCCAACGCGUAUCAGUAUUCAGGAACACGAUUUGCAAAUCAAGAUACCUUUGGAGGAGACGCCUAUUCCAAAGUGCAAGUCAAUGAUGGCUCGACACCUUCGCCAGCACCCACGCCUGCAGGUGGCAAACCAAGACCCAACCAAGAACAGUUACAAGAAGCACUUCCUCCAAAGUGGGAUGAUGCUCGAAUGAAUCCAUCCAAAAGACGAUUACUUUUACGUGGUGGCCAGCUGAUUGCUGCCAUUGGACAUUUGGGUUUUGCUGCAGGUGCAUCUCCAUUCUCCAAUCAUGAUUUCCCUUUGGAUACUCCUGCAUGCUUUUACUUUCUUUAUGCAGUGGCUAUCGUCACCAUCAUUUGGACCUUUUUCCAUUUGUUCUUUUAUUGUUACCGCCGAAUUGCUCAUGGACACAAGCUCAAUCGUGUAUUGAUGACUGGUAUCGACUUACUUUUGGCGAUUCUUUGGGGUAUUGGCACGAUCGUAGAAAUUGCAAAGUUCCCUUGUUCGCCUGGUGAUUUCGACCAUUGGUGUGAUUUCUAUAAUGUUAGCAUCUUUUGGGGUAUGCUUUCCCUUGUCCUCUUUCUCAUGGCUGCUGGAUGGGAUGUCAUCGGCUCAUGUAUCGCUCGCAGAAAAUGA